AUGCUGGAUAAUGCCAAGCAACCGAAGCAAACUGAUGUCAGUCAGCGUUUCGGUUCCAUGGAUCGCAUUCAGAUGUGUCACGUCAUGAAGGCCAUAAAGAUUUGCCGAGAAUACCACCUGCCCCUUGUUUUGACCUUCGUCGACUAUGAGAAAGCCUUCGACAGCAUAGAAACGAAUUCAAUACAGUCAGCGCUGGUCGAUCAAGAGGAGGACUUAGGAGAAGAGUUGAAAAGAAGGAUCAGAGCAGUGUUGGUAGCACUCGCUCCCGUCAUGGAAGCUAUGCACCAAGAGUUCCGUGCUCCUCUUUUCGACUCGACAGUUCUUCCAGCUCUCUUGCGCGGCGAAGGCGAAGAAUGA